AUGGUCUUCAUUCUCGGCGUCAAUUUCAACGAGCUGAAGCUGGUCAAGAAAGCACUCGAGUCCUUUUAUGCCAUUGGCCCCCAGACGUCUGCCCGCAUCCUCGCCAAAUUCUCCAUCCACCCACGAGCCAAGAUGGGCACACUGCCGCCCAAGACGGUCACCGCGCUAACGGCGGAGCUGUCCAACAUGACCGUUGAGAACGACGCCCGCCGCGUCGUGCAAGACAACAUCAAGCGCCUGCGCGACAUGGGCACGUACCGCGGCAAGCGGCACGCCAUGGGUCUUCCGGUGCGCGGCCAGCGCACGCGUACGCAGAUCCUGACGGCCCGGAAGCUGAACAAGCUGGAGCGGAGGUGA